UCCCGAAAGGGAAUUACCCAAGAUGGCUGACACUUGUUGGUCGACAGAGUUGUGAUUGAGUUUUCGAUCGAAAUAAGUGCCUUAAUCGAAUUGAUUUCGAAAAUUUUUGGCGCGAAGGCGAAUGUGGCACGUGUUGGUGAUAUGUUGAGUGUGCAGAAUUUGUGUUAGUGAUGUUAGCCUUCGAGAACAGUCGAUAUGUGUUCUGUUGUCUGCGACAGUUCUUGUUAUUUACUUGCAAUAAAACUCUAUUUCCAAUUGUGAGGAAAAAUGGAUAACACAGCACUCACACUAACAGAUAGAAAUGGUCCGUUUAAUUUUUUCGAAAUCCUUAAGACUUUCGGCAAAUGGAUCUACGCGGAGAACUUCUCCAAUACCCACCAUGUCUCCCACUGGCAGACCUGCCUCUCUCAUGGAUACUCACAAUCAGUCUGUUUAUGUUGUACAGGUAGUGGUUAAUCGUGAUGAGCGAGGAUAUGGCAUGAUGGUUUCGGGUGACAACCCAGUAUACGUACAAAGCGUUAAAGAGGGGGGAGCUGCUGAAAAAGCUGGAUUACAUGCGGGAGAUAAAAUAAUAAAGGUUAACGACGUUAACGUUAUAUCCUCUACGCAUACGGAGGUGGUGGAUCUCAUAAGAUCUUCUUCGCAAGUUGUACUAACAGUUCAGCAGAGAAGCGGAAACCAAAAAGUUAUGGGUUCUCCCAGUGUACAUAAUAGACCUCUUACCACUCCGUCCAGGAUCACAGGGCCACAACCAGUUGACCACGAGAAGCAGUAUCAGCUCCAAUUGGAAAAGGAGCAGCAUUAUAGACUGAUGAUAGAAAAAGAACAACGCUACAUCGAUGUGCUAAGAAGUCAGAUAGCUUCCUCUCCAGACGAGAAAAAGUAUUCGGAACUUUCAAAGACCGAAAAAAAUUUGCAAACACUGCAAGCUAUGCUUCUUCGCAGCCAAAACGAGCAAUCUCCACCCUUAAACACUUCCACUAAUUCCUUGUCAACUUCCUUACCUCGCAAGAUUCGAGCUUCGACUGUCGUUUCACCAAACGGCAACUCGGAGCUACAGUCUCCACCACCGUUGCCGAAGAGAAAUCAGCGACCGUCCCACGUGGACACUUUAAACAAUCGUCAUCUUCCAUACGUGAAUGGCAAAAUUGUCGCUGAUACUAACGCUUUAUUUCUUAACAAUGAAAUAAAUGCCAAUAUGCGACAGGUUGAAAGCGAAGAUGUUACUGGUCGACGUCCCCCAAGAAUGAGCAAGUUCCACUCGAACUCGGAAGAAGCACAUCUAGUUGACAAUCCUCUUUAUUCCGACCAACCUCCUCCCUUGCCUCCCAGAGUUCCUCUUUCUGCACCCAUUAUUGGUAAUGAACCGAACUCCAUUAAUAAACAAAUGGCAUAUCCUUUAGUGGCCACCUGUGCGACGUUAGUUAAUGAUUAUUCACCGAAUCCAACUCAUCAUCGUACCAAAUCUAGUCCUGAAUCUCUGUUAGCGUUGUCGGCGGCAGAUGCUUCAAAGAAGUUAACAGCUUCAGAAAGUAUGAACGAUCUGAGACAAGACGGAUGGGAUCCUGCUGAUACUCCUCCUGGAACCCCGCCACCUCCGUAUCCAAGUCCUCCUUCAUCGCGAAGAAGGCCGUAUGGCACCAACGAAAGCGGGGACCAUACUUUCGAUGAGACUGUAGCAGACUGUUCUUCCCCGGAUAUGUCACCGUUCCGAGGGAGCAGCUCGAAUCGUAUUUUAGCCAAUAGUUCACCUAUUCAUGCUGCCACACCACAGACAACGCAACAACCCAUUAUAAGCAUGGAGGAUGAUGAAAUCUCGGAUCAAGAAUCUGGUCAGCUAGAGGACCAUGGGCACUUUAAAUCUCUAUCUAGGUUAUGGGAACGUUUACCACAUCUGGCUGUGUUCAUGAAUUACAUUUUGUCGAAUUCAGACCCGAAUAGUCUGCUUUUUUAUUUGCUCACAGAUCUAUACAAAGAGGGAAAUGCCAAGGAGAUGAGAAAAUGGGCAUUCGAAAUACAUUCAUGUUUUCUUGUCCCUGGAGCGCCUCUUCGAUUAGGAAAUGUAGACGAAAAUAUAGCUCGUGAAAUAGACGACGUUUUGACACGGGAAUUUGACAAAGAAGAAAUUCUUAGGAAAAUUUUCUGGAAAGCGCGCUCCAGAGCUAAGGAAGAGUUAACCAAGCAAUUAGUUGACUUCCAACAAAAACGUACCGCUGGACUUGGUACAAUUUUUGGGCCCACGGAUCAAGUGCUUUCUGAAAUAUACAACGAUAAGGCGAAGGAAGCGAAGUUGUACGAAAGUUUAUUUUUGGAGAAGUUGGAGCCGUUUUUGGAGGAAAUUGAAAAAGAAAAUUACGAUCCGAAGCGGUAUUACACAGCUGCUGCUCUUACGACGGUCCUAACCCGAAUUUUUGCCAUCCGGCCUACCUCGCAUGCGAUCGAUCGAUGUCCAACUUUCGUAAACAAAGAAAAAUCUUUUCGCACAAAAUUUAUAGGAAGGUAUUCGCGAAAGUUAAAUGUACAAGGACAUCAGUAUGUAGCACAACAUUAUUACACUAUCAUAGUAUGUAAUAAUUGCCAUCAAAUUAUUUAUGGCAUAGGACCUCAAGGCUAUCAGUGUUCUGUCUGUUUAAUUAAUCUUCAUCGUUUGUGUGUGAAAUUGUACGACGAUACCUGUCCAGGACCAAUUAAUAAGAAAGAUCGAGGACUGGGAAAAUUUAUACGUAUUCGGCAUGAAAACGACAAUAGACGCAAACACAGUUCGCAUUUUAUUUUAAUGGAGAGGGAGAGGAGACAAGCAGAGGAGAAGGAGAAUAGUUUUGAACUCAACGAAAGUGGAGAAACCAAACCAAGUCAACCUGUCUCCCGCAGCGGCUCAGAUCGACGUCCAGACAUCGUACGAGAAGAAACCCCUAAAAAUGCCGAAGGCACGACUAGUAUAGAUCAUGGUCAAAAUAAACAAGAGAACGACACUUCCACUCCUGACAACAACGCUAGUUUUCCCGCGACGUCGAACAAGAAACGGUCCAGCAGCAACAUAAACCGAUCGGAAAGCGUGAAAGAGCAGUCGGAGAAGCGGAAACAGAGACGGAACAUCAGCGAUCCCUCGCAUAACACCACAAGUGGCGAUGUGGAGUUGGAUCAGCCAGGCUUGUCAAAUACAGAUUCCGGUAGUUCAUCCAAUUCUAGCAUAUCGUACAAUGGCCGGCUGUCGGAGAGCCCAAGUAACAGUGUGGAUGUCGUCACCACUGAUGGGGGUGGAGGCGACAGAAAGCACAGUUCUGACUGGGAAAGUGAUUCAGAAAUGGAGCCAUCGAAUUGGCAGAAACUCUUCCCUGAAGAAGAAUUACGUAACUUACAGCCUCACGAAAAGAAAAGGCAAGACGUAAUUAACGAAUUGUUCCACACGGAGAAUUCACACGUGCGGAAUCUCAGAGUGUUAUGUGACAUUUUUUACAAGACACUAAAAGAAAGUGCGCUUUUGAAAUCCGAAGAAAUAGCUUUAAUUUUUCCCAACAUCAAAGAGAUGCUAAACGUUCAUAUGCAAUUUAACAAAGACAUGAAGAAAAGGCGGCGUGAAGAUCCUUUGGUGACCAAUCUCGGUGACAUGGUAGUGAAUAUGUUUGGUGGCGUGACGGGCGAGAGUCUUCAGAAAGCCGCUGCCACAUUUUGCGAACGCCAACAGUUAGCGCUCGAAUUUAUUAAAGAAAAACGUAAAAGAGAUGCCAAAUUUGAAGCCUUACUAGUGGAAUGUGAGAAAAAACGGCAGUGUAGGCGGUUACCUUUGCAAGGAAUAAUUCCAACAGAAAUGCAGCGUCUGUCUAAAUAUCCGUUGUUGUUAGAGCGACUUAUUAGUAGCAUAGAAGGUGACACCCCGCAUGCGCAAGAAGAGUUGGCGAAGUUAAAACGUGCACACAAUCUUUCCAAAGAAAUUUUAAAUUAUGUCAACGAAGCGGCAAAGGUGGCUUUCAAUAAAGCACGCCUGGAAGAUAUACAGCGGCAUUUAGAUACAACGAAUUUUGAGCGAUCGGACCAUCCGAUCACUCAGGAAUUCAGAACUUUGGAUCUUACGAGGUACAAAUUAAUCAGGGAAGGUAAUAUGCAGUUACGACGGGGAAAUAAGGCAAUAGUGCCUGUUCACGUGCUACUGCUUGAAGAAGCCGUUGUUAUUCUACACAAGGAAGGCGAUAGGUUCCUGUUAAAGUUCUUCCAGUCGGGUUCUUCUGCCCAGCCACAACCUCUUUCGCCAAUUAUUAAGAUGUCUACGUUAUUAGUUAGAAAUAAUGCAGCCUGUAAAAAAGCUCUCUUCCUAGUCAACACUUCCACAAACGGCACUCAAAUGUAUGAUCUGUUGGCAGAUGACGACAUCAAUAGAGAUGCGUGGUUUAAGCACUUCUCGGACGCCGCGGAUGCGCACAACAGGAGAGAAGGAAAGACGAAAAGGCCGGAACCACAGCCUGAUUCGGACGAAUCGGAAGCCGUACAGGAAAUACCUAGUACGCGAGAUGUGGCGGAAAGGGCAGAGGCUGUCGGUGGAACAGAUCAUCAGCCUGAAGAUGAGGAGGAAGAUGAACCGGUGUUUAGUGAUGCUCAGGAGGAAGGAUCUGCUGAAUCGAAGGAAGCUGCGAGUUCUUCAGAGGGUGGCGGUGUUCACACGAAAGUAACAGCGGAUGAGUGGCCUCUCAUCCAGCCUUCACAGGUCCACGUAGAAGUACCACCAGUGCACACUGCAGAAUCAAGGUUAACUCCACUAGAACAAAUUCGUCGGAAAGAUGAAGAAGUGCGACGAGCACUGGAAGACAAAGAGGGCCUGGUUGCCGACUUUUUAAGUAUUCCUAGAGAGCACUUCCAUCUUAUUGCUGAUAUGGCCAGUGAUAUGCAGGAAACGAAGCCUUCCAAAGAUUUAGCGGAACGUGUGUUAGCUGCUGUUUACCAAGUGGACCAGCUGCACCUUGCCGUCAAUGAAGCUUUAAAUGUGACGGAGGCAACAGCUAUAUCAGCUACAGGAGGCAAACACCUCGCUUGCCAAAGCCAGGAAGUAGUGCCAAACGUAUUACCGCCUUCCAUUCCCGCCAGUCGUGUUAGAGACGUUGCCAAUACACUAAGUACUCAACUGACUACCCUUCUUAGUGACGUAAAACAAGCACAAGAAGAACACGAUAGGCUAAGAAAAGAAUUGUUCCGUAUGAGGGAACGGCUUCACGAACAGCAGAUGCUUCAUGGGCCUAACGAAGACAACGUAUCUCAUUCGCCUAUUUUAGAAACACAAUCAGACUUGGACAGUAUUAAGGAAAGUCCAGCAGAGCCAGAGAGCUAACGUGAUAUCAGAACACCCAUUGUAGGGCCUUGAAUAUCAGUAAACCAGACAAUUUGUAUAAAGAAAAAAUUAUAUUUGUUAUAUGCUAAUUUUAUUAUUAUUAUCUUAUAGGUAAUCUUGUGAAAGAGCCUAGGUAUAUUUCUUAUUCAUGUUAUUUUUUUAUAAAAAACUGAAGGGCACGGGUUUCUUACGAACCGUUUCCUUCUGAGUUAAUGGUCAACAUGAUAUACGUUUUUCUCUCCCUUCAUUUUAAUGGGUGCAAUAAUGCUUUUACUGUUAUUCAUUAUUAUAAGUCGCUAGUACUCAAGUUUGACAAGGCCUAGGACGGUCUAAAGUUUAUUUAAAUGAUGUAUAUUAGCAUUAUUAAGUAUUACGCUGUUCCACGAGAUCAAUUUGUUUGUAGCUAUUAUGAGCUCUUUUUAAUUAAUUGCAUGUAAUUUUAGAGUGGGUUCAUUGUGAGUUUACAUUUGUAUGUAUUUAGAGAACGCUGGUUAACGUUAAUUUAUUAUAAUUUAGUAAUUCUGAUAGUUAUAAACAAUUUGAUUGUGCAGAUCUAUAGAUUUUCAUGUAAGAGUUUAUGAUGUAUGAUGUUUUGUUUUAUAUAUAUGUUGUCUACUUUGUUACCUCAUUUUACAAUGUUAUCUAAUGAGAUAAUCACAACUUGUUAAAUGUUGUCUAGCUUUUGUAUAACCGCUUCUUUAAAAUGCAUUUUUGUUAUAAGAUCGCAUUUAUAGAUGUAAAGUGUAUCAUUUUUUACUUUAUUGUAUUUACUACCUACAUAUUUAUAGCGAAUUAUAUAAUAAUGAAUGACAUCGCAGUUAAUAAACAACUUGUUAAGUACACAUAUUUAUAUAAAAAAUAAUAAUGCUACAUAAUAAACUAUUUAAAGUAA